UUCCGCCCCGGCAAGAUGGCGGCCCCCUUAGAGCUCAGUUGCUGGGGUGGCGGCUGGGGGCUCCCAUCGGUACACAGCGAGUCCUUGGUGGUGAUGGCUUACGCCAAAUUUUCUGGUGCACCCUUGAAGGUCAAUAUCAUAGAUAACACCUGGAGAGGUUCAAGAGGAGAUGUACCAGUUUUGACAAGUGAAAACAACAUUGUUUCUCAACCAGCAAAAAUACUAAACUUUUUAAGAAAACAGAAAUAUAAUGCUGAUUAUGAACUCUCAGCAAAACAAGGGGCAGAUACACUGGCUUACAUUGCUCUCCUCGAAGAGAAGCUUCUCCCUGCAGUGCUUCACACAUUCUGGGUUGAGAGCGACAAUUACUUUACUGUGACAAAACCAUGGUUUGCUUCACGAAUUCCUUUUCCAUUGAGUUUGAUCCUGCCUGGAAGAAUGUCUAAGGGAGCACUGACUAGAAUUCUCCUGACCAGAGGAGAACCUCCCUUCUACCACCUCCGAGAAGUAGAAGCACAGAUAUACAGAGAUGCCAAGGAGUGCCUAAAUCUUCUGUCAAACAGAUUGGGAACAUCUCAGUUUUUCUUUGGAGAUACGCCUUCUACCUUGGAUGCCUAUGUGUUUGGUUUUCUUGCACCUCUUUAUAAAGUACGCUUCCCUAAAGUUCAGUUACAAGAACAUUUGAAACAGCUCUCCAACCUGUGUCGCUUUUGUGAUGAUAUCCUUAACAGUUAUUUUAGGCUUAGUCUUGAAGGCGUUUCUCCUGCUGGACAAGAGAUGGUAGAUGCAAAUCUGCAGAAACUCACACAACUUGUAAAUAAGGAAUCCAACUUGAUUGAAAAGAUGGAUGACAAUCUUCGCCAAAGCCCUCAGCUUCCUCCUCGGAAACUGCCAACACUUAAAUUGACUCCAGCAGAAGAAGGCGAUUCCUUACAACGGCUUUCGCCCUGACAGACAUCUUGCUUUGUGUCCACAGUCAUAUGAUUGUUGCAGUGAACUCUUACACUCAGUGUGUGAAGGCAAAAAGAAAAUGCUAUUAAUAAGUAUAAUGAAGAUUCUAAAACAAAAGAAACUUUCUAUGACACCUAUUUUUUUUUUUUAAUUAGGAAGCUUGCAUUUUAGCGUGGCAAUGCACUUUAAAUACCAUCUAAGUGAAUGCUAAAUGAACUUGAGGGGAAAAAAAGAAAACACAUUGUACUGUAUAUAAAAAAACCUGCCUUAAUCUUGGCAGAUUUUUGCCUUUGGUUCACAUGUUGCUGACCAAAAGCUACAACUCUGUUUUGAUUAUGCACUCUUCAUUUAUUCAAGCAAAUUUAUUAAGUUUUCUUAGACCAGUCUGAAUAUCUAAUAUGUGGCUCUUUGGCUGAGGCCUUUUUCUUCUGUUUAGAAAUCUGAUGCCUAUUUGCAACAUUAGGAAAAAAUAUAUUAUCCAAAUGUUCUUUUUACUUCAAUAGAAAAGCCUGUAUUUAACUUUAAAAAUGAGGAAUGUGCUUUAUAAUUAUGCUUUCAUGAGUCUAAAUUUUGGGGGGAGUGGUUAGUAUCAUAUAUAUAUUAAAGGUUAUAUAUAAUAUUUAUCUGACUAUAUGCACUUCAAUAUAACAUUAAUAUUUGCUGUUGUAUUCAAUAUAGGUUAGUAAGGGCUCUUUUAGUUAAUUGGGCGAAUGUGGCAGCUUUAGACCUAAGUAUUUGUAGUAUGUCUUUAACUCUAGUCAUCUCUUUUCUUGGAUAGAUUUCAGGAGAACUGAAUAUGUUGGUCAUUGUUAUUAUUGCCAGGCUGUAAAGUCUCAUUGAAACUUGCCCAGUUCAUAGACACUACUCAAAGAGCCCACCGUCAGAGUAAUAGAAGUACCUACUGUAUGCCUGAUCCAAGUUCACCAGGCUUGGCUCAGGCCAGUCCAGUGGUUUUUCAGAAGAAGCAUAUCAUGUAGUCAAAAGCUUUAUGACAACUAAUUACUAUUUAUGUAGUUUAACUACAGUUGAAGGAUCCAAUGGAAUAAUCAGAAAUAGUAAUUUUUAAGAAUAUUUUCUAUUUAUUUGUUGCUGAACUGUUAAAGGGUUUGCUGUGCAAGUAAUUUUACUUACAGUAAGAUCUCGCUUAUUUUAGUGGCUGAGGUGCUUCUGUUGUUCUAAAACCACUUCUGGGGUUUUUAAAAUAUAGGACCAUGUUUUUGAUUAGUGUCUUAAAAGAUUACUAUGGUGCUCAGCAAAUCUUAUCACGUUCUGCAGAAACCCACAUGUUAAGAAAACAGCUUUGUCUUCAAGAGACUCAUCUAAUUUGAGCUGAGUGGAGCUCAGCUGUGUUUGACCUGGAUCCUCUCAGUUUGUUCUGUAUUUAGGUAGCUAUUUAUACAGGGGUCUUUAAGUCUUUGUAAAUAUUUUUCUUGGAAGUUUUAAAUAAAUGAAAAACAAGGUAGUCUUCAAAAUCUUGUUCAUCUGUUUGGAUGCAUUUAGGGAAAGUAACACAUGAGUUUCAUAUUCUGCAACAGGUGGGACCGUGUGUGUGUGUGUGCACGCACACCCAUUAUGUGUUAAUCUAAUAGAUUAACACAUAAUGGACGUGUUACGAAUAGUCUAUAUUGAAAAUCCUAACCAGAGGACUUUAUUGUCCUCUAUGAGUGAUGUAUAUUAGAGAAGGUUGGUUAGCACAUUAGACAUCUGUUGAUGCUUUAGUCAGGGUUAGUCAUUUUCAAUUAUGACUUGUAUUAAAAUUUCCAAAAAGCAUUUGAAGUGAUUUACAGUUGUCAAAUGCAUGUAAAACAGGACAAUUAAAAUUAGUUUGGGAAGGAUAAAAAAUUUAUAGACGAAAGAGCUAUACCGACCCUAACAGAUUCUAAAGUUGAAUGGUAAAUUUAACUCCAAGUUUCUCCAUAGACAAAGUCAGAGAUAAUACUGGGUUAUGUAAAUUUUUGUCAAUAAAAUUGCUAAUGUCCGUGAAUAAGAAAAUGUGUUUAAAUUUUUAUAAGAAGGUGGGAGCUCAUGUUUUUACAACACGGACUGCAGCCGAUAAGCAUACUGUAAUGUUUCAUGUGUUGAAAGUUUAAUCAAAAGCCAUCAUUUUAGAAUAACAAGUAUUUUCCUUUUUUAGCAGAGAUUUAUUUCCGUUUGGUCAUUCCAGCUCUGAACUGCCUUUAGCCUUAUACUAUAUAGACCAUGAUGCUUUGAGAUUGCCUUUCCUAAGAUGCAAAUGUGAUUUAGAUAAGUGAAAAUUUAUAUGUUGGUUUAUUUAGUAGAGGUUCUUUGAUAUAAGCCAACGAGAUGCUAGGAGCACAAACCACUCCAGAGAUUGCCACACACAUAAGAAGCUCUUAGAAAGGAACAGCUUUUCAGACUGGGCAGCUUAAGAUUAGCCUGUCAGGAUAUGCUUUGGAGAAAGUUUGAGUUUGCUGAGAUAAAUGGGCCCACAGUCUUAAACAAAAUGCUGUGAGCUACUUUCUUUUGGAGGUAAUGAUGGAGGAUAAUAUAAAAAGGUUCUAUGGUUGUGUUUAUAUUUGUUGGUGGUAUAGGAUUAGAAAAUUGGUCAGGUAAUUCCCAUUUGAUAAAGAUCCUCCAUCAGUUGUCAUCAGUCAUCCUUAAGACUGACCAUUCUCAUGACACUAAAGAAACUGUAAAGAACAUUGAGGAUGGUCAUUCCUCCCUCCCCCGCCCCCUGCCCCAAAAAAGGUUGACAUUAACAAAGAAAUCAAAUUUCGACUUAGGUAUAUUUGUAUUAUUUUGGGGGUACUAGAGGAUUGCAGAUUUUACAUGAAAUCAGAAGCCUUUUGAUUUCCCUUUGUUAUUUCUAUUUAAUAUUGCUAGAUACAUUAACGCGAAGGAAUAGGGAAACUUAUUUCAAUCAGAGCUAAGUUAUAAUUUUCAGAACUCUGCAAAAAUGGAAAAACUACAUAUAAAAAUAGGCAAAAAUUGGAAACAGUGAUAGUAUCGCAGAAAACCAUUUUUUUAAAGGUAGCUUCAUGUGAUAAAACUUAGAAGUCAGUAAUAUGUAUUCUUAGAGCCUCUUCCAAGAAUAUACAUUUACCGGGCCCAUUAAAUUUUUUGAUAGUUUUUCAUAAACUGUCAAAAAUUUUAACUCUUUAAAACCAAUACAUAAAUGCUUAAAUGUAAAGACAAAAAGCUCAGUGAUGGAUACACAGGAUUUCUCUGUACUGUUUUUGUAACCUGAGAAUCUAUAAUUAUUUCAAAAUGAAAGUUUUAAAAAGUAAAUUCAAUACAGUAAAUUUAUCAUUAUCUACAUAAACUAUGAUUUAAAAUUUAAUGUGCCAAAGAUACUAUCCAGUAUUCAGUUCCAGAUAAAUAAAUGUAAAUUUAUAUAAAUUAAAUAUUAUUUAAUUUAUAAUAAAUAUAAUUAUUUAAUUUAUAAUAAGUAUAAUUAUAAAUGAAAUAUCAUUUCAUUCUUAAAUUUAAAGAAAAAAUAACUCAGGUAUGUAACAAAUAACUAUCUAAAGAUCUGGUUUGCCUUACGAGAAUAGAAAAAACAACCUAAACCUAUGAACUCCUUUUCCUCAGGAUAUAAAAAUUCUAUGAUUUUAUGUUUGUUAUUGUAUCUUUUCCUGCUUAUGGUCCCUGGAUUUACUUUUGAGGAUAAAGUAUUUUGAAAAAAUUUCUAUGAUUCCAUGUGGCAAUUUUUCUUUGCUUUGCAUGUAUUACCUCUCUAACAGCACAGUGUGACAGAAUGUAUGCGGGGACCACACUUCACUGAAGAAGGUGCAGUCUGUCUACAUGCUUUUUGUAUUAAGCUCACAGGGAUUUAGUAAUUGACUUUGUCUUGGUUUGGUUAUUUAUAUAAUUGAAAUCCUUAGCAGAAGGAAUCAACUUGGAAUUCCAGGACAAUUUUCCAAACCACUUUUGGCUGUGCUUUAAAAGUACCAAAAAAGCAGUAGGUAUUUAUGACACUAAAGUCACAUACAAACUGGUUAUUUUUUUAUAUAUACACAUAUACACACACAUAUAAGUAUGUAUACAUACAAAGUGUCAUAGAAAAUUUACAGUUGCUUCAGUGACAAAGCAAAGGAAGAUUCAUAUUUUCCAGUUCUAUUACUGAAGACAUGGUCUAAACAGAGACUAUAUGUCUGUGUGCACAUUUUCAAGGAUGAAGGUUUAUAAUUUUCAUUAAAUUCUCGGUUUCUAUAUCCUCCCAAUUUUAAACGUCACUAGCGGUUUCUAUAUCCCCGCAAUUUUAAACCUCACUAGCCUCCAAAUUUCAGAGGACUAAGUAUGUUUGAUUUCAUUUCAAAGUAUAAAACCAGAUCACUAAUCAAGCAUAAGGAUCCUUUCGUUGUUUUCCGCAGUGUCUAUGGUUGUGUACCUGGAACUCUGUGCUUUGGGUGUGUAUUUAUUUGAUAGAAAGCUUGCCUUUGGGUUUUGAGUUGCAGUGUAAUCGUGAACAUCUAGCCACGUGAAAAGCAUUUGGACCUUUGUUUUGAUUCUUUAGUUUUCCUCCUAUAAAUUCAGAAAAAUGCCUUUUAAUCAUUUAGUUUAUAUAUCCCAGAUCCUUGGAAAUCAAGAAAAAUGACUUGCCAGAGUUAGCAUCAGUCCUCAGCGAGUCAUGCACUGUAGAGAAGGUUGUGCUGGCCAUUUGUUCUUUGGACUACUGGCUACUUCUUUUGCAAUGCUGGUAUCUUUAUUUCUGGGAGAAGGAAGGGUAUACUCAAGCUUUUAUGUUAAUUGCAUGAAGAUGAGCCUUAUUCCUCUUUGGACUUUAUGAAAUAGGAAAUAAUAUCUUUCCAUUUUUCUGCUCAUCUGGAAGUAGAAAUUUGCAGUGUUUGUAACGUAACGUUAGCAUUUUGGAAGAUGGACAGCAAAGAAGAUAAAUAUGUGAAUACACAUAUUGGCUUUGUUCCACCAAGCCUAUCUUUGAAUGGUAAACAUUUUAAAUAUCUGUUCUAGUGUACAAAUGCUCUAGUUUUGACAUAAUCUAAAGCGAUGUUGGUCAUAAUUUCAAUAUUCUUUCCAGCCUUGCUUAGUGUGAAUGUAUUUUACUCAGAGACUAUGUAUAAAUACCCAGAAGUGGUGAUGGUGAAAAAUGCUGUAAAGAAUUAAUUCUGAUAAAUAAGAAACUGGAUAUAAUGUCAAAAUAGCUAUUUUCACAAUAAAAUCUCAAAUUGCUUGAAUGUGUAUUAAAUCCUGAA